UCCACUUGGUUGUAGAGUCGACAGUAAACAUGGUCCGCAAAAGAAGUGUUGUCUGGGGCUUUUUUAAAACCAUCGACUCAGAGUCGGUGCAGUGUCUGCUCUGCGGGGACUUUCUGAUCAGACCGGGUCAGGGCACCACCACCAACCUGCUGAGACACCUGCGUGUCAAACAUCCCACCGAGGUCGUCAAGAGGAGGACGGGUUUGCUAAAGGAAACUGCCUCCAUCGACGGUCAUGGCGACAUGGAGACAGAGGGUGAUCAGAUCUGCUCGGUGGAAGUGGCUCUGGAGGACGGAGACGGUGAUGGUGACACCUUCACCAUAGAGAAUGAAGCUGGUGUGAACUCUGCUAUUAAUGGCAUCCUGGAAGCUGCACAAGGGAGUCCAGCAGAAGAAAUAACACAUGAAGAGGCGAGUGAUGACCGCCCUGUAGCACGUAGAUGGACUAAACGCAGCUUGAUUUGGAGGCACUACGAGCACUUGGACAGUUUGGCUGCGGCACGUUGCCGCAUUUGCAUGAAGAAGUUAAAGUGCUUCGAAGGCGGCAGCACCAGCAACCUGCAUCGGCACAUGUCAAAGAGACACCCUGAGAUCUUUUCUCAGCUAAUGGCAGGCGGGCAGCACCCACCACCACCCCAUACAUCACAGGACCUCAAUGCUAAUGGUGACACAUCAACACCACCAGAGACUGUUAGGGCGACAGAGAAACAGAGACAAUUUUCUGUGGAAGUGACUCUGGAGGACGGAGACGGUGACGGUGACACCUUCACCAUAGAGAAUGAAGCUGGUAUCAACUCUGCUAUUAAUGGCAUCCUGGAAGCUACACAAGGGAGUCCAGCAGAAGAAAUAACACAUGAAGAGGCGAGUGAUGACCGCCCUGUAACACGCAGAUGGACUAAACGCAGCUUGAUUUGGAGGCACUACGAGCACUUGGACAGUUUGGCUGCUGCUCGUUGCCGCAUUUGCAAGAAGAAGUUAAAGUGCUUUGAAGGUGGCAGCACCAGCAACCUGCAUCGGCACAUGUCAAAGAGACACCCUGAGAUCUUUUCUCAGCUAAUGGCAGGCGGGCAGCACCCACCACCACCCCGUACAUCACAGGACGUCAAUGCUAACGGUGUCACAUCAACACCACCAGAGACUGUUAGGGCGACAGAGAAGCAGAGACCAUUUUCUGCUGCGUUGAAAGCGUCAAAGGCAUCUGAAGGAGAAAAGCGUGUGCUUAGGAGGGAGCGGGAGCUGAUAGUAGCUCUUAGGGGUGCGCAGAGGGAGGAGGCUCGGGCUCUGGAGCAUCAGAGGGAGCUGCUUGAGAGGCUGCGUGCAGUGAAUGCCAGGGAGGCGGCUGCAGAGAGGGAGCAGAUUGAGUCGCUGAGGAAAGCACAGCUGGAGGAAGCCGAAGAUUUGAUUAGACAGAGAGAAGAGGUGCAGAAGGAAAAGGCAGAGCUGCAGAAGAAAUGGGAAGAGCUUCAGCAGGAAAGAGAAAAACUCGUCUUGUUUUCUGAAGGACAGUAAACCUCCUGACUCUGUUACAAGUAACCUUCAUGUUGCUGUCAUCACUAUUUUCAAAUUUUCUAUAAAUGCUUUGGGACCAAUUUAAACACAUGGUGAUCUCGGUAAAAAUCUCAACUCCCCUUUUAGUAAAAUACUUUUACAAACAAUCAAAGACUGUUGUUUUUGGUUUCAUCACAGCUGUGUUGCACUGCUUCUUCCUUCCUUCUCUGCCCACUCUGGUCCUGUCUCAUUGUAUGAUGACCUGACAUCGCUCUGGCUUCAGAUGAAUAGAAAUUUGAUCCAGGUCUCUUCCCCACCUCACCCUGCAUUCACUAAUGGCUGCAACAAGCAAUUUUCAAAUGAUACAGUAGGCAGAGACUGGCCAUAGAACUGUAUGUGUUGCCUCUCGCUCUGCAACUUCACAGGACAGGAUCAGACUAGCUGCUAGAUCCUGAGUUUGUGUUAACACUCAAAUAUGCAACUUCUUGCUUUUAGAUUAUUCUCAAAAUUUUUGUUUGGCAAAACAUACUGUUUAUUAUUAGGUUUCUGUCAACUCUUUACUGAAUUGAUACAUCACUAACAUUUCAGUUCUGUAGGACCCUAAUUGGGGACAUUUAAGUUCAUGUUUUUGCUAUAAAUAUUUUUACUUUUUUUA